AUGGAUGAGUUUUCACGUCCUCCGUCGAGUGUUCUCGCCACGGGAGCCCCUCUGGGGCCCCUGCGCCCAGGGACGAACCUCAGACCCCCAUCGUCCAUCCGUACGGGCACUGCCAGCAGAUUGACCGCCGCUCCACCGACUGCCAGUGGCCAGAGAACCGGAAGCGCCCUGGGUGAGUCCAUCGCUGGCGCCGCCAUGAUGGAGCGCCCCAUCACGCAGCAUGGUCUGAGUGGUCUCCCGACAGCAACUGGUCGCGUGGGCACGGCCACAGGGCAGCGCCAAGUGAAGGAUCGUCGGUACUGGCAAGGAGUGCUGCAGAUGAAGAUCCAGGAAAUCACACAAGAAGCCGACAAGCUGACGCGCGAGAAGAAAGCCCUGGAACGGGAUCAGUCCGCGAGGAAGGUGUACGAGAAGCGCAUUAAGGAGGCCGCCAAGGAGCUGUCCACUCUCCAGGCGCAGCUCACGGACAUGAAUCUCGCCCUGGACGGCUACAGCUCGGGCUUCUCGCGCCAGCAGAUGCAGAGCGAGGCGUCGGGACUGCGGGAGCGCAACGAGUCCGUGCAGACGCAGCUGGAGGGGCUGUUCACCCAGCGCCAGGCGCGCGAGGAGGGUAACAGGCGUCUGGAGGAAGACAUCGCGCGCGAGCGCCACAAAGUCACGGAGAUGAUUUAUGCUCUGGCGCCGGCGGAGCAGAAGCAGUACCACGAGCUUCAGCAGCUGUCUGAGGAGCUGAAGACGAAGACGGCGAGUCUGCACGAUGAGAUCGAGAGUGUGACGAAGCAGAGAGAUCGCAUGAUGGCCACGCUGUCCUCGUCACAGCCCCGCCUGGAGGCUUUCCGGCAGCAGAGCAAGCUGGCGACUCUGCUGGCCAAGAGAGCGAAUCUGCGCGACGAGGAGGCAACGCGACUGUCGCCAGCGCAAGAGAGGGAGAAGCUGAUUGCCGAAGUCAGGAGCAACAAUCAGGCGCUGACCAGUCUUUCGCGUCAGCUGAAGCUUACGGAGGAUCAGCUGGGUGAGAGGCGAGAGCUGCUGCUGCAAGUGGAGCACGAUCUCGAGGAGGGCAACAGCGAGAGACACGCAAAGUAUCGAGAGCUGAAGAGACGCGAUGAGACCAUGACGGCCUUCCUGGACACUUUUCCUCAAGCCAUGGCGCAGCAGAAGCAGAAAAUUGAGACGCUGAAGAAUCAAAUCGCCUUCGCCAUUGAGCAGAUGACUUUGCAAGGGAUCAGCCUGAAGGGUUUGGCGCGCGGUGAUAUUUUCGGGGAGAGAAAUGAUCUGACAUCCCAAGGAGGACUGCUGAAGGAGUACAAGAAGCUCAGCAUUCAGCUGAGACAGCUGCAGAUCCUCGAGAAGAGGACUCAGGAUCAGCAUGACAGCCUGAAGAAGGAGGAUCUGGAGUUGUCUCGAGAGAUUGCGAGAUUCUCCAACUUGGAUUCUCUGCGCGAAGAAGCCGCCGAGAAGAUGUCAGAACUCACAAGUCGCCUGGAGGAACUCAGGAAUAAGAAGCGUGUGACCGAAGGUGUCCUCGAGGAGGCGCAGAAGCGCUCACGUGAGAUCAAAGACAGCCUGCGAAGCAAUGAAACUUACCGGCAAAUUGCUCAUCUUGAGGAGAAACUCACGGAUUUGCGCAAGGAAGGCAAAAUCCUGCGCACCGCCGUUCAGGAGAAUCGCAAGGAGUUCAAUUAUGUCGAUCUAAAGCGCACGGCUAUGGAGAAUCUGGGCGUGGUGAUGAAUUUCUUGACCAAUAAUUCAUCCAAUGUGUAUAUUUAA